CUCUCAAAAAUGCUAAAAAUAAUCAUAGAGAGAAAAUGUGGAAAGCCAGUGGAAUUCAGAAUGGCCUCUUAUUCUACUAUUUAUGACCUGAAAAAAAGGAUCGAGGAUCUACUAUCUAUGUCUGAGGGGCAAUGUGUCCUAAUAUCCUCGAAAGGCAAGGUAUUAGAUGGCGAUCUCAUUUUUGAGGCAGCAGGUCUGGAGAACUGUGAUCCCAGGAAGAAGGAUAUAGAAUUUAGCAUUUCCAAUUAUGAAACCAUUUUUAGUUUGAAUAAAAAGAUAGAAAAACGUUUGGGAAUUCCUGCCGGACAAUCUGACAUUUCGUCAACAGACGGAAAAAUCGCAGACUCCGAUCUCAUAUUGGAAAUGUCAGGAGUUUUCGACAGUGAAAAUAACGACAGUCGACCGGUUAUAUCAGUCUAUGACGGUAGUAAUUAUGUGGGUCGGCUUGUGGUGAUCGAAAAGGGCAAAGAAACUGUGUCGCCGGUGAGCAGCAGCUUGUCAGUGCUGGAACAAAGUUCAGAUUCGAGCAGUGAAUCUAUCGAAAAAUGUAUACAACCACAGGCUCAGAAACGAAAAAUAAAUCAUGAUUUACCUGCGGAGAAUAAGAGAUAUAAGGUGGACCCUACCGUGAGCGAGGAAAGCUCGGAAAACACAUCAUCAGGGUCCCUGUUCGAUGCAUGCGGAAUCGUCCCAUGCGAUAUUAAAUCUCGUGCUUCUAGUUCAGAUGAGGAAGAUGAUCAGCCAAUGAACAAAGAAGCAAGCAAUGAUGCACCAUACGUUGAUAUUCUCCCGCAAAACAGGCCAUUUGUUGUUGUCAUCUCGGCGACCGCCUGCAACAACACAGGCUUCUGCAGUCUAUUGACUGAAUUUUCUAAAAGCUUUGAUGGAUACAGAAACGUCGAAUGCCUAAAGUUCAAUAAAGAAACACCGGUUCAAGAAUAUAGUGGAAGGCUAUACGUUGCGGCAGCAAACGAGAGUACGAUGGAUUGGCUGCUGGGUGUCAUCUGCAAAAAAGAUAACUACGAAGCUGUUCCCCUUACGGAAUUUUUACAUCUCUUACCAGCUCGAGUCAUAGUGCCCAAAGUACAAAAAUGCUUAAGUAAAAUCUUUGAUAUGCUCGAACGACAAAAUAAUGGUAUACAAACAUAUAAAUGGUCUGUUAUCGAUAGAAACGAUUUGGAUCCAUGCUCCAACGAUAAUAUUUCGAAAGUAUGCGUUAAUGAAGCGAUCGAUCUAUACAUGGACGCUGACAGUAUUGAGACUAUUAAAAACAGAUGCUAUGAGUUGAGAUAUCUUUUCUGGGUAGUCAAAUUCAUAUUUUGCGAGUAAUUGUCAAAUUAACAUAUAUUUUAUUAUAUUUCAUUUUAUUUCAAAAUGAUCAUUAAAAAAAUGGCUGUGCAAAAUGCCUAUUAAGCCUA